CCUCUCUCUCAAUAUAAACACCGCCGGGAGUUUCCGAAGAAUCACAUUCAGCUGUCAAGACUGAACAAUGGUUAACAUGAGCUAUCACCAAUUUUUACUAAAAUAUCCACAUUCGAGUUCAAGACAGUCGAGAAGGCGAGCGAAUAAAAGAAAAAGGAAUUGUUGGGAUAAGCUAGAUCCAACAAAUUGGCAGACUUGAUUAACAGAGACUUCCUAAAAGGUCCAGUGUGAACCGUGUGGCCGAGUACCUGUGUGUUGCGACUGACUGGCGAGAUGACUGCCGAGUGGCUACACCUGCCCCCGCCGUACACCCCUGGCGUGGGGCCGUUGUGUGGUGCAGAGCUAGAGGCGUGGUAUGAGGACCUGCAGGAUAUUCUGGGCUCCGACACGGGAGGGGCAAAACUGGCACGUGCCCCCACAUGCACCGAGAAAGAGCCUGAGUUUCUGGAUGUUCUGGAGAGUUGUUCUCUGACGUGGCUGACGGACGGAGGCCAGACGUGGGGCGAGGGUGUCCAGAGGGCAACAGAGGGGAUCCAAAAUGCCCAGCCUCUUCAUCACACCUCAUCAUCGUCUUCCUCUUCCUCCUCCUCCUCUAUGAGUCCAACUGUUGCAGAAGAGCAGCGGGUGGAGGUGGACACUGGGAGAAGUGGAGAUAGCUCGGCAGGAGGCAGUGAUCUGCUGCCUCCUGAGUUUUUUGAGUUGCUGAGUGAAGGAGGAGUGGGAAUGGUGGAUCCGAGCGGAGCGGUGAUCAGCGGUGGCUAUUAUUACCACCACCACCAACACCACCAAGCUAAUGAUGUCCAUCCUGCGUCUCCCUCAGCCAGCGAGGAGGAACUGCCCUGUGUCCCCGAUUCUCCAUCCUGCUCUUCCUCAGCCUCCCAGUCGCCAUCUCAAAAUUGUUCUUCUCCCUCCUCACCUGUCUCUUCUCCCUCUGCCUACCCGUCCUCCUGCCUGGGAAAACGCAAGAGGACCACCAGCGAGAGGGCCACCAGUGCCUUGUCCUCUUUUGCCUCCUCCAAGCAGCACACAUCCUCAUCCUUGUCAUCUGCCAAAAAGAGUCGCAAAGAAAGAGAGCAGGAGAACGAGAGGAAGGUACAGGAGCUGACUGAGCAGAACGAGCGCUUGAAAGCGGAGAUUGAAAGGCUGGGAGAGGAGGUACAGAGGACACGUAGAGCUCUGAUAGAGAGACUAGUCAACACCAGGAAAUGAGAAAAAAAAAUAAAAAUCAAAGACAGGAUAAAAGUCAGGAAUAAAUGACAGGUCCGACAGAAUUGGAAUAAGCAGUGGUGGGGAAAGGCGUAAUAACGUGGUCAUGAAAUGCCUCUUAGACAGAAAAGGAUGGAAACCAAAGAUACAUUUUUAUAAGCAAGAGGAUUUUUGG